UAACCCAAAGCUAUAUGGAGAGGGGUAAGCGGAAAAACGAAACACUUGUAUCUGGAAAGAACCCAGUUAUCUCUCAUGGUGGAUUAUUGUAGAGCUACUGUACUGGAUUGAAUAUUUUGUUGGAUAACAAGAGAAGAACCCUGCAAACUCCAUACACUGAAAAUGACAGAUAACGGAGUCAACGGAGUGCUGCACCGGGAGAAGGUGCUGACUGUGGACAACAUGAACCCGCACGUGAAGCGUGUUGAGUACGCUGUCCGCGGUCCGAUUGUUCAACGCGCUGUACAGAUUGAAAAAGAGCUCAGAGAGGGAGUAAAGAAGCCUUUCACAGAAGUAAUCAAAGCCAACAUCGGCGAUGCCCACGCCAUGGGGCAACGGCCAAUCACAUUUCUCAGACAGGUUCUAGCUCUGUGUGCUUACCCUGACCUCUUGGAAGACAACAAGUUUCCAGAAGACGCCAAAAGCCGCGCACGGCGGAUCCUUCAGGCUUGUGGAGGAGGAAGUCUAGGCGCGUACAGUGCGAGCCAGGGCAUUGAGUGCAUACGACAGGAUGUCGCCCGCUACAUUGAGAAGCGUGAUGGCGGGAUCCCUUGUAACCCUGACAACAUCUACCUCUCCACCGGAGCUAGCGACGCCAUUGUGACCAUGCUGAAGCUGCUGGUGUCUGGCGAGGGCAGCAGCCGCACAGGGGUGAUGAUCUCCAUCCCCCAGUACCCGCUCUACUCAGCAGCCCUGGCCGAGCUGGCGGCCGUGCAGGUCAGCUACUACCUGGACGAGUCCCAGUGCUGGAGCCUGGACGUGAGCGAGCUGCGCAGGGCCUUGACGGCCGCCAGGCAGCACUGCAACCCCCGCGCCCUCUGCAUCAUCAACCCCGGGAACCCCACCGGCCAGGUCCAGAGCAGGCAGUGCAUCGAGGAUGUGAUCCGAUUCGCUGCUGAGGAGCACCUGUUCCUCAUGGCGGAUGAGGUGUAUCAGGAUAACGUGUAUGCGGAUGGCUGCCAGUUCCACUCCUUUAAGAAGGUGCUGUUUGAGAUGGGACCAGAGUACUCAGACAAAGUGGAGCUGGCCUCCUUUCACUCCACCUCCAAAUGCUACAUGGGAGAGUGUGGUUUCAGGGGAGGCUACAUGGAGGUGAUCAACCUGGACCCAGAGGUGAAGGUCCAGCUCACCAAGCUGGUGUCUGUGCGUCUGUGCCCCCCCGUGCCUGGCCAGGCCCUGCUAGACCUGGUGGUCAACCCUCCCCAGCCUGGCGAACCGUCACAUGCCACCUUCAUCAAGGAGCGAACGGCCACCUUGGCCGCCCUGGCAGAGAAGGCCAAGCUGACAGAGCAGGUCCUCAACACCAUCCCUGGGAUCAGCUGUAACCCUGUCCAGGGGGCCAUGUACACCUUCCCCCGCAUCUCUCUCCCUGGGCGAGCCAUCAGUGAGGCCAAGGAGAAGGGCCAGGCUCCAGAUAUGUUCUACUGUAUGAAGCUGCUGGAGGAGACUGGCAUCUGCCUCGUCCCAGGCAGUGGUUUCGGACAGAGGGAUGGAACGUACCAUUUUAGAAUGACUAUCCUGCCUCCCACCGAAAAGCUAAAGGUGGUGUUGGAGAAAGUUGGGGAGUUUCACCAGAGGUUUACAGACCGGUAUUCUUAACCUCCUCUUCUCUCCUCUCCCCCCCCCUCUUAUGAGCAGACAAUUCCUAUUCCUUCAAUGUAGUUGAAGAGCCAGUUGUCACAAAGUGCCUUUGUGUGACUGGAAUAAACUGUAAGAUGUGCCAUUCAUAACAACGUGCAUCUCACUACUUAACGUCCAAAACUUUACAAUGAAAAGGUGUGAUCUGGGUUAAAAAGAAUGCACUUUUUGCAUGAUAAUUUUCCAGCUGUAAAUAGUGUUAGUUGUGUGUCUACAUAUACAUACAGGUCUGGUAAUGUUUGUCUUUUGAUGUCUUUAGUUUUGUUAAUGAUGAUGUUAGUUCAGGGUAAAGCUUUUUCUCCUGUCAAUGAUUUGAUAGGUGCACUGGUUACAAAGAUCAUACAUAAUCCUAUGGUCUGAAAUAUAUAAGGCCAAAUUUUGGGUAUAUGAAUACUUCUGUUAACCUCAAAGGAGUCCAAACGGUACUGCUGAAUGAAUUAUUGUAGCCAUUUUUUAUAUUGCUUAUGGUAAUGUAGAAAUUAAUAAAAGCUGCAUUUCUUUA